AUGUUCAACCGCGGGAGGAAGAUCGUGACUAAGGUAGUGGUGAGCGCGGAUGCGGAACUGCAGCAGCGGUUCGAGGAGAAGGAGCGGGAGAAGCGGAGGGAGAAGGAGAAGGAGAAGGAGCGAGAGAAGCCGGGCCCCCGGCCGUCGGAGUGGGACUAUUUGACGACCGUCGUGCAGCAGAACCGCGUCGCGCAGCGAAAGCUGCAGGCGAUUGCGGGGGCAGAAUCCUCCCCCGCAGCCGCAUCAGCAGCCGCCGUCGCGCCUUCAGCUGCGCCUGCAGGGGGGAAGGCGGAGGCGGAGGCGGAGGCGGAUCUAUCCAACGGUGGAGAUGUGCAGUCGUACACGCAGCACGCUCAACGGCCAGGAUUCGUCCAAUCGCACGGCUCUCUGCUGUUCCUGGAAGAGAGGAGCUACAGGAUCCUGGCUGUAGCAGAUAAUAUCUUUCACUUUUUCGACCAACCAGAUCGGGGGAACGGGGAGAAGAAGGCGGGAGAGGAGAAGGAAGAGGAGACGGAGGAGGGGAAUGGGGAGGGAGGGAGGGAAGAGGCGGAAGGAGGUGGGGGGAAAGGAGGGGCCGUGAGGAGUCUGCUGGGCCAAUCAUGUAGCUGCCUUAUGACCGAGCAGACCUUCGCGUGCCUGGUGGCGGCGUGUGAGAGCUCAGACCCGCAGCUGUCGAACCCCAUCCUGAUCAAGACAGUGAAACGAGCCCGCCCCCUGUACGCCAUAGUGCAUCGCACUGACGAGGGCCUGGUGGUUGACGUAGAGCCGUGCGUGGGAGGAGAGACGUGGGCGCAGAGGUGGAAGAAGAAGGGAGGAAAGGCGGCGGCGCGUGCGAGCGAGGCACGAGGAAAGGCACGUAGCUGCAUCGCGGAUGCAUCUGGAAGUGGUGGGGAGGCGAAGGAAGGAGCGGCGUCGUGGAGGUGUUUGAAUGGGUUUGUGAAAGGUGGAGGAGAUGAGAGUCGUCAGAACGAAGGGGAGACGGAGGAGAAACGAGAGGGGGAGGAGAAGAAAGGGGAAGAAGAGGAGAAAGGGGAGGAGGAGAAGAAAGGGGAGGAAGAGGAGGACGAGGAAGAGGAGGAGGAGGAGGAGGUGGAUAUGUCGAUGUUGGAUUGGUCUGCUCUGGACAAGCACGAGAGGACGAGUGCGAGCAUUGCCAAGCUGCAAGACAUCGAUGAUGACAUGCCCAAGCUGUGCGAUACCCUCGUGCAGGAACUGCGGGAGCUGGCAGGAUACGACCGAGUGCUGUUAUACCGAUUCCACGAGGACUUGCACGGGGAGGUGGUAGCAGAGGCCAAGUCAGACGCUCAGGCGUCGCUGCUGGGGCUGCACUACGCCGCCACUGACUGCCCCCAGGUCAACCGCACGAUGUUUGUAGAUGUGCGGCUGAGAUUGAUCGCAGAUGUCACGGCGCCAGAUGUGCAUAUCAUCCAGCACCCCUCGCUCAGCAAGAACAUCAACCUCUCCAAGUCAACCCUCAAGGGCGUGGCCAGCUGUCACAAGGAGUACUGCGCAAACAUCGGCAUCGGAGCCUCUCUAGUGAUGGCGGUGGUGGUAACCACACGGGGCCCUCAGAGCACCAGUGUGCGCAAGCUGUGGGGGCUGGUGGUAUGCCACCACAUGUCGCCCCGCUUCCUACCGUACCCGCAGCGAUUCGCAUGUGAUUUCCUGCUGCAGGCCUUCGCUCUACAGCUGGCAAUGGAGCUCGAGGCAGCAGAGCAUGCAGCGGAGCGGCGAACGAUGCAGAUGCAGGCGAUUCUCUGCGGCAUGCUGUCCAGGGAUGUGCCACUGGGGCUGGUGCGACAGAGCCCAAACAUCAAGGACCUGGUGCCAUCGGACGGGGCGGUGCUGCUGCAUGCGGGCAGGGCGUGGUGGGUGGGGGCGUGCCCAGCAGAGGAAGACAUGAAGGAGAUCGCGCGCUGGCUGCGCCUCAAAGACACCCACCUGCUGCAACACACCGUCUUCGUUACAAACUCCCUCGAGCAAGCGGGUCUCCCCUUCGCCUCCCGCCUCGCCCCGGCUGUGUGCGGGCUCGCUGCUGCGAUGGUUUCGAGCCGAGGGGAUUUUCUCAUGUGGUUUCGGUCAGGCAUCGAGAGGAACAUCACCUGGGCGGGGCACAAGGACAGCCACACAGUGAGGGAGGGCGCCACCAUGCAUCCCCGCAACUCGUUUGCUGCUUACCUCGAAGUGGUGAAGCUGCAGAGCCAGCCCUGGACCGAUGCUGAGGUGGACGCCAUGCAAGGGCUGCGCCUCAUAGUGAAGGACUCGCUUCCCCACCCCGAACCUCAAGACCUGAAGCUGAAGAUCCAGGCCCAGCUGAAUGCGGAGCGUUUGACCAUCCAGUCCCAGCUAAAGGAGGUGGCACGGACGCUAGAAAAUCAACUGGAAUCCGCCCACACGCCCAUCAUCGGCAUCAGCAGCGACGGGACAGUGACGGAGUUCAACAGCAAGGCGGCGCACAUCACGCGGAGGGCCAAGAGCGAGGUGCUCGGGAGCAACUUCUUCUCCAGCGUGCUGGCUCCCGAGUCUCACGCGCACUUUGUGGCGGCUAUGGAGGUGUUAGCGGAAGGGGAGGACGUCCAGCCGUUUGAUGUGGCUCUGCUGGCGCGGUCUGCUGAUUCUGCUGAUGCCGCUGCUGCUGCUGAUGCUGCUGCUGGGGGUGGAGCAGGAGGAGCAGGGGGAGGGGCAGGAGGUGGAGGAGGAAAGGGGGAAGGGGUGGGGGGGGGGGAGUUGGAUCGGUUGGUGCAUGUGUUGGUGAGCGCGUAUGGGCAGCACGACCGGCAUGGGAACCUGCUGAGUGUGCGGCUGAUGGGGCAAGACAUCACCGCACUCAAAGUGCUGGCAGGCGAGGUGAGAGGGGGCUGGGCGGAGGGCGGAGGGGAAGAUAGUUCUAUAGCUAUUCUUGGUGGCAACGUGCUGAGUGUGCGGCUGAUGGGGCACGACCUCACCGCGCUCCAAGUGCUGGCGGGGGAGUACAAGAUGCCCGAGGCAGAGGCUCGGGCAGCUGUGGACCAAUCAGAUCUCCUGGUUUUCACGGUGGACGAGUGCGGGCGGGUGACCGAGUGGAAUGCUGCUAUGGAGCAGACGAGCGGGCUGCCCCGAGAAAAAGUUGUGGGCAGGCGACUUGUGGGGGAGGUGCUUAGCAGCAACCCCAUGCUGCUCAUUCCGGAUCAGGAUAACCUGGUGAUGUUUGAAAUCGCCCUGUGUCAGGCACUCAAUGGGAGGGACACGAGGAACCACGAGCUGCAGCUCAAGACGUGGGAUGGCCGCCCCAUGGACACACUCCUGCACAUCAUCAGCAGACGCUCCCCUAACGGUGAGCCGGUGGGAGCGACGUGCUUCAUGCAAGAUGUGGUGGAGAGGCGAGCAGCGGAGAAUGCAUCGGCAAUGAAGAUGGUGGCAGAGGCGGCGAGUCAGGCCAAGACCAUGCAGCUGGCGUGCUUGUGCCACGAGAUCCGCAACCCGCUGAACGGCAUCCUCUCAUCCAUCAGCUUCAUGGAGGGCACUGAGAUGUCAUCGGACCAGAGGGACCUGCUGCACGCCACCUCCGCCUGCGGCAAGUACCUACGGCGCGUGGUGGACAAUGUGUUGGAUCUGAGCAAGCUGGAAGAAGGCAAGCUGGAGGUGGAGAGCGAGCCGUUUGAGCUCAUACACGUGGUGGACGCCGUGAUAGCACAGGAGCAUGAGAAUGCGAGCGACAAGGGUCUACAGGUGUUCUGCUCGGUCGAACCGCAGUGUGCCGAUGUGAUUGUAAAGGGUGACAAGCACCGCGUGCAGCAAAUCAUCGCAAACUUCUUUCGUAACGCAGUCGAGUACACUCAGCAAGGCUGGGUAGAGGUGCAGCUCUACAAAGGAUCCGGCGAAGCCGCCUAUAACGAGUACGGAAGAGACGCGCUGGCCGGAAGGCUCAUGCACGGGCAGCAGACCGGGCAGCGGACUGGGCAGGACCGAAACGUUUCGGCUGACUGGGAGGAGAUGUUUCCGUUUGUGCUCUGUGUGGCGGAUUCCGGUCCGGGGUUGAGUGAGGAACAGCGACUGCAAGUGUUCACAGGGUUGGAUCCCAGUGCAGCAGCACCGGCUAUCUCUAGUGGCGCGUCCGACACUGAAUCCCGCUCUUCGGCCCCAGCAGGGUCGGGCCUGGGCCUCAUAGUGAGUCAGAAGCUCGCUACCCUCAUGAACGGCUCUCUUUCCUGCGCCUCCGCCCUCUCCCAAGGCUCCUCCUUCCGCCUCUCCCUCUCACUCCCCUUCGCGGGCCACUCCAACCACGCCGAUCCUGCUGACGCUGGCGCUGAGCUGGCCGCGGGCCACGCCAGCCUGGCGCCAGGUGGCAUGAUGAGCUGUUACCUGAGUAACCGGGUGAAAGGGGUGGUGUAUACGUCGGUGGGGGUGUGGAGCAGUGCCGAGGAGAUAGCAGCUGCACCAGUUGUACCUCCCUCUCUCUCCAGAAACCUCGCUGCCUCUGUGCCUGGCCCAACCGGCGCAUCUGCUGCUGCUGCUGCUGCUGCUGCUGGUGCUGCUGCUGGGAGGGUGCAGGCUGGAGCAGGCUUAUCCGGGGCAGGCUUAUCCGGGGCAGGAUUAUCUGCACCAGCACAUGUGACAGCUGGAAUCAAAGGGGAGGUCUUGGAAGGAAACGACAGCCGGGUGUUUUCGAGGUUGGCAAGUCAUGGUUCGGAAGAGAGUGCGACUCAUGCUGCUGCGGAGGAUGCUGACGUGGACGCUGCUGCGCUGGCAGCAAUCGUCGAGCUGGAGGCGGCCUAUGGUGGCCGGGUGAUGGUACAGGUGCUUCGAGAGGUGGUGGAUUUCCGGGAAGUUGCGGUCCUGGUAGAAGUGGGUGUGAUGAAGGAAAUUGUUGAGAAUGGGUGUGUGGAGAGCAAUGAUGGGACGGGAAGCAACGAGAUGGCUAUAGUGAGUACGCAGCAAUGGGGUUCGGCGCUCAGACUUGGGCCGUUGGCUGAUGCGUUGCGCAGUGCAACGAAAGCGGCGGUUGUAGCGGCCAACCGGACGCUUGUAGCAGCACAAGCUCGAGGUGGAGGCGCUCAUGGCCACGUGAUCAGUUCAUGUCCCCUCACUUCCCCAUCCCUCCAUCCCCCUUCCGCCCCUGCCCUCUUCCUCCAAGCCGAAGUUCCGCCGAUCGCGCCCAAGCCAUUCCGCUCGCGCUUUUCCUCCAAGGCCGAAUCUCCCCGCAAGGCCGCUUUCCCCGCAGAGCUCUCCGCCGCGGUUUCCGCCAGUUUCUCCGUCGUCUCGUCGCGGAGCAAGAGCCUCCCUUGCGAGCCCCUCACUUUCUCCAUGCGCUCUCUCCGCCUUGCCGUUCCCCAAGCCGCUGCUAGCACCGCACCAGUGGUAGAGCUGGCAGCUGACGUGGCGGAGGCCACGUCAGCAGUGGAGGAGCUGCCGCUACAGUCAGCGGAGGACAUCAAGGCGGCGCGGAAGGAGGAGCAGCGGCGCAAGCGGUUGGUGCAGAAGAGGAAGCUGAGGAAGAAGGGCAGAUGGCCGCCCUCCAAGAUGAAGCAGCACCAGAAUGUGUAA